AUGUCGUUUCAGAAAUUCCUCGUACAACUGGCGCAAGCUGUUCAGUCGGAAAACGGACCUAACCUCGCGUUCCUGUUACGGCCCACAAGCCCGCACGGUAGAGAUAUCGUGAAGGAGCUUCGAAAUCCUACGUAUCAAUCGAUGUCAUACUACAAAGGCAGCCUCGAAGAGCCUUGGGAUGAAAUCGCUAUUCGAUACGCGCUAGUGGUUGCACAAGUUGCAAAGGACCGACCUGCCGAGGCGUACAAAGAAGAGAAACUCCUUGUGGACAACUUCUACGGUUACUUGCAGAGGCAUAGCGGUUGGACGUUACCAGCACUUUUUGCGAUUUUACGCGACCUUAGAGAUCUAGCCUUUGAUACAAGUCAACAGACCGAGUGCAUGGAGGAUGCUGCCCGAGUAAUCUCCAAGGCGUUUGGGCUAUGCAUGACUGAUAGGAUCUCACCAUAUGGCGAGUCUCGCAAGUGGGGGGUGUAUUACAUUGUGGGCUUAGUCUUCAAGUCGUACUUCCGAGUGAAGCGGAUCUCGCUAUCGAAGAACAUAUUGCGUGCCUUGGAAAACAACGCUGAAAUACCGGCCUUGAGCGAAUACCCCAAGGCGCAUCAGGUUACUUUCAGGUACUACGUUGGGAUGUUGAGCUUCUUGAACGAAGACUAUGCCAAGGCAGAGCAAGAACUCACAAUGGCCUUCUACAACUGCCAUAUUCACGCUCCUAGGAAUCAUGAACGUAUCCUGACCUAUCUAAUUCCACUCCGAAUUCUCCGAGGCCACUUGCCCACGCACGAACUGCUACAGCGCUUCUCAAGCUUGAAUGAGAUGUUUUCUCCCUUCAUUGCCGCUAUCCGCCUAGGGGAUCUAAGAUCUUUCGAUGUGGCUCUAGAGCGCUGGGAGUUGCGGCUGGUGGAACUCAACCUUCAUCUUAUGCUGGAAAAAGCUCGCGAACUGUGCAUGAGGAGCUUGUUUCGCAGAGUGUGGGUGAUAUCCCAGAAAAGCACUCGCAUGCCAAUUGCACUCUUCCAUCUUGCUUUGCGUUCAUGCGAUCUGGAUGUUCCGGUGGAGGAGGCCGAGUGCUAUGUUGCUAACAUGAUUUACAAGGGAUUUAUGCGUGGAUAUGUAUCCCAUGAAAAGCAGAUGGUGGUGCUCGCUGCUACGAAUGCAUUCCCGAGACUGGCGGAUCGACAGUCUCCCUUCGCUGUUGUGUGA